GUCAGUGCGCCGCUUUUAGGCCUAGCACUCGGUCGUGUCGUCCCUUUCCUCAGUGCAGUGGACCUCUUAACCAAUUAGGUUUUUUUUCUUCUUCACCCUACCGGAUUGUUCUCUCGUCUGUCGGCGCCGUGAGGAAGGAUCCGGUUCUGUCAGUAACUUCAAGUUGGGGAAAGAAAGCGGAGAGAUCGUGAUCCUUCCCGUGGAUAACAAAAACACCUGCUGCCGCCUACGACCCGACGAUGGUGUGAAUGGUGCAGUCUCCGGAGGGAGCCCUUGCAGCGAAACCAGCGCCUGUGUGCCUCGAAAAGCCGGGCGACAACCGGGGCUGCCGUGUUACACCCGCCUCCCGUGUUUGCUGGGUCUUUCCAGCCUGCGCCCUUGAGGCGGUGUCGUCUCUAAGUGAGGAGCACGAGACGUGGCUCAUCGGAUAUGUGAUUGCGCGGCAGCAAGCCGCGGCUCUGCCCCGGUGGGGUUCAGCACAGCCUGUGCCGCCGUUCGAGACAGCAGCUUCGUCGGUCGUGUGGCCUUUUUCCUAUUCGUGGUUCACGCUUCCCUCUAGCGCUCCGAGGCGAGAACGGUUAGCGACUUCGGCGGCUGCUGCGGUCAAAAAUGGCGGACGCAGACCCCGAAACGCUGCUCGAGUGGCUCAACAUGGGCCAGGGAGACGAGCGGGACAUGCAGCUCAUAGCCCUGGAACAGCUAUGCAUGCUCCUGCUCAUGUCUGACAACGUGGACCGCUGCUUCGAAAGCUGCCCACCCCGCACCUUCCUCCCGGCCCUGUGCCGCAUAUUUCUGGACGAGGGUGCACCGGACAAUGUGCUUGAGGUCACGGCCCGGGCCAUCACCUACUACCUUGACGUGUCGGCCGAGUGCACCCGCCGCAUCGUGGCCGUCGAUGGCGCCGUCAAGGCCAUGUGCAACCGCCUGGUGGUUGCCGACGUGUCCUCACGAACCAGCAAGGACCUCGCUGAGCAGUGCGUUAAGGUGCUGGAGCUCAUCUGCACCCGGGAGGCCGGUGCCGUCUUUGAAGCGGGCGGCCUGCAGUGUGUGCUGUCGUUCAUCCGGGACAAGGGCUCCCUGGUCCACAAGGACACGCUCCAUUCGGCUAUGGCUGUGGUGUCCAGGCUGUGCGGCAAGGUGGACACCAGUGAUGCCUGCCUUCCGGCCUGCGUCGAGGCCCUCUCCCUCCUACUCCGGCAUGAGGACACGCACGUGUCCGAUGGCGCCCUCCGGUGCUUUGCCUCGCUGGCCGACCGCUUCAUGCGAAGGUCUUUGGACCCUGCACCCCUGGCCGAGCAUGGCCUGGUCCAACAGCUCUUGGGACGCAUGGCUCAUGCUGCAGCACCAGCAUCCUCGCUGCUGGCACCUCCAUCCGGAGGUGGAACCCAGAGUGGUGGCACACCUGCACCAGCCACUGCGCCGGCAGAGCCCAAAUCUUCACCGACAGUGUCUACCAUCAUAAGCCUGCUUUCUACUCUCUGCAGAGGAUCACCAGCCAUAACGCAUGAUCUUCUGAGAUCAGAGCUUCCCGAUGCCAUUGAGUCUGCCCUUCAAGGAGAUGAACGGUGCGUGCUGGACACGAUGCGCCUGGUGGACCUUCUCCUGGUGCUGCUUUUCGAGGGCCGCAAGGCGCUGCCCAAGGCCGGAGUGGCGUCGGUCUCCACACGGCUGAGCUCUCUCCGUAGGGUUGACAGUGCUGGGGGCGAGCGUACCCACCGGCAACUGAUCGACUGCAUCCGCAGCAAGGACACGGAUGCCCUCGUGGACGCCAUCGACUCGGGCGGUAUCGAGGUUAACUUCAUGGACGACGUGGGCCAGACGCUGCUCAACUGGGCCUCGGCCUUUGGAACCCAGGAGAUGGUGGAGUUUCUUUGCGACAGGGGCGCUGAUGUAAACAAGGGCCAGCGCUCCUCGUCUCUACACUAUGCCGCUUGCUUUGGCCGCCCUGGUGUGGCCAAGGUUCUUCUUCGGCACGGUGCCAACCCCGACCUGCGCGACGAGGACGGGAAAACGCCCCUGGACAAGGCACGCGAGAGGAACGACGAGGGCCACCGGGAAGUGGCUGCCAUUCUGCAGUCUCCCGGCGAGUGGAUGUGCCCAGUGGGGGAGUCGCCUGGAGAGAAGAGGUCGUGCGGGGGAGGGGCCUCAUCGUCUGGAGCCAGCGGGGCUGCGCUCGGCGAGGCAGAGGACGAUGGCGAGCCCAAGGGGGACCCCGAGAUGGCACCAGUCUACCUGCGGCGCCUGCUGCCCAUCUUCUGCCUCACCUUCCAGCACACUCUAAUCCGCUCUGUCAGGAAGUCCAGCCUGAACCUAAUCCGGAAGAUGCUGCACUACAUCCAGCCAUCGCUACUCAACGACAUGGGCAACACUGAGAAGGGUGUGCCAAACUUCGCAUCUCUCGUCGUCGAGGUUCUCGCCAGUGUCCUCGACUCUGAGGAGGACGAGGACAGCCUCCUGAUCUGCCUGCAGAUGAUCCAGGAGGUGAUGACUAAGGCCCCGGCCACCUUCCUGGAGCACUUUGCUCGUCUGGGUGUCUUCUCCAAGGUGCAGGCGCUGGCCGGAGGUGGGGCCACCCUGUCAGCCGAGCACUCCUCGGACGAGGCAACGCCGUCCUCCGCGGUGCGGGGCGUAACCCGCGAAGAAGUGACUCCGGAGCCGCCAGCCAGUGCAGCUCACGACGAGGAACCCCAGCCCGCGCAGGCCCAGCAACCUACCGCCCAGGAGGACGCGCGAGAGAUUGUGGCGGGAAGGCCGUACCACUGGCGGGACUGGAGCUUGGUGCGGGGUCGUGACUGCCUCUACCUGUGGAGCGAGGCGGCCGCCCUGGAGCUCUCCCACGGCUCCAAUGGAUGGUUCCGCUUCAUCCUCGAUGGCAAGCUGGCCACGAUGUACUCGAGUGGCAGCCCCGAGGGUGGCUCUGACUCCUCCGAGAACCGGGGCGAGUUCCUCGAGAAGCUCCAGAGGGCACGCGCCCUGGUGAAGCCGCAUACCCCGAGCCAGCCUCUGUUGUCGAGUCCCGGCGCCCUGCGCCUUGUGGUGGGUAACUGGUCGCUCUCCUGCCGGCGGGAGGGCGAGCUGGCCAUCCACAACUCGGACGGCCAGCAGCAGGCCACCCUGCUGCGUGAGGACCUGCCCGGCUUCAUCUUUGAGUCCAACCGGGGCACCCGGCACUCCUUCACAGCCGAGACCUCUCUGGGGCCUGAGUUCGCUGCGGGCUGGGCGGGACGCCGCGGAAGGCGCCUCCGCUCCAAGAUGGAGGCACUUAAGCAGAAGGUGCGGGUGCAAGCGAGGGACAUCUACAACGCCCACUUUCGGAGUGCCCAGGCGCAGCCCCGGGUGGUGGUGACGAGGUUGUGCAAGAUCGUGGACCAGAUCGACCGUGCCUGUCAGAAACAGCUCUCCAGCUGGCAGGAGCCGCACUCGGACUGGGGACGUCAGCUGCGGCUGGCCCUCCAGGAACUAGUGCAGCUCCUGCAGGACGACCGGGCCGUGUCGGCCUACGAGUUGCACAGUAGCGGGCUGGUCCAGGCACUGCUUCGCCUGCUUGGAAAGAGCGGCUUGGAAGGAAGCAAUGGCCACCUGGCUUGGCGAGCCAACCGCCUCCUCAAGGACAGAGUGCACAUCUUCAAGAACUGCUUCCACGACAAACCGUACGGCAACGAGAAUCGUUCGCCAUUUGUGACCCUUCUGCGUAAACUAGUCAUGGUGCUGGAGUCUAUAGAGAAACUGCCAGUCUACCUGUACGACACACCUGGCUCUGGCUACGGUCUCCAGGUGCUGACGCGACGACUUCGGUUCCGCCUGGAGCGUGCGCCGGCUGAGACGACGCUGAUCGACCGAACAGGUCGGGGAUUGAAAAUGGAGCCGCUGACGACGGUCGGUCAGCUCGAGAAGUAUUUGGUUAAAAUGGUCGCAAAACAGUGGUACGACUACGAUCGCUCGACGUUCAACUUUGUCAAGCGCCUCAAAGAACCCGGGGCCCGCUUUGUGUUCAACCAUGUUCGAGACUUCGAUGAGAACGGUCUCAUCUACUGGAUUGGAACCAAUGGGAAGACGUCAUCCGAGUGGGUGAACCCGGCCCAAGUAGGCCUUGUGGUGGUGUCCUCUUCGGAAGGACGUAACCUGCCGUAUGGCCACUUGGAGGACAUUCUAAGCAGGGACCCGUCUGCCCUCAACUGCCACACCAAUGACGACAAGCGCGCCUGGUUCUCUAUCGACCUGGGUGUCUGGAUCAUACCCAACUGUUACACAUUGAGGCAUGCCAGGGGCUAUGGCAGGUCGGCACUUCGCAACUGGCUGUUCCAGGUCUCCAAGGAUGGCUCCACGUGGACAACUCUGUGGAGCCACACGGAUGACUGCUCCCUGAACGAGCCGGGUUCGACUGCCUCGUGGGCCCUGCCUGGCACGGCCGAGGAGACCCAGGGAUGGCGCCAUGUGCGCAUCCAGCAGACGGGCAAGAACGCCUCUGGCCAGACCCACUACUUGUCCCUGUCAGGAUUCGAGAUCUACGGCACAGUAACUGGCAUCUGCGACGACCUCGGCAAAGCAGCUAAGGAGGCCGAGGCGAAUGUGCGUCGUCAGCGCCGCCAAAUCAAGCAAAUGCUAAAGGUGAUGGUGAGCGGGGCCCGAGUGGUGCGGGGUCCCGACUGGAAGUGGCGUGACCAGGAUGGCAACCCUGCUGGCGAGGGCACUGUCACCGGAGAGCUCCACAAUGGAUGGAUCGAUGUAACCUGGGACCACGGUGGCUCCAACUCGUACCGCAUGGGCGCCGAGGGCAAGUACGACCUGCGGCUAGCACCAGGCUACGACCCGGACGCGGCUGCUGCCUCACGUGCGUCCUCGGCUUCGGGCAGACCAGCCAAGACUGUCACCACGGACAGCGUGGCUGCCAGGGGGAGCCUGCCUGCCGCGAGCUGCUGCCUGACAAGCCGCAAGAGCUCGUCGGCAUCCAGUCUAGUCCCAGAUUCCUCCGCGGCUCCGAUGGAACAGCAGACGGCAGUGUCAGCUGAGAACCUGACCACAGUCAAGGCAGCCGCUGAGGCCAUGGCCGAGAACAUGCUCAUCCGCGCCCGCGCCGAAGCUGCGCUGGCCACGACGGGCUCGGAGCAAGACCUUCCCGAUCUGCCGGUCGUACCGGCCACUUCAAGUCAAGCCAGGGUGCUGCAGGCGCCACUCAACAGCCUGUCACCUACGAUGGAAGACCCCGAGACUGAGGACUCGACGGCUCAGCCGCCCGCUUCAACGGCUGGCGUAACUUCAACAGCGACAUCAACGGGCCACAGCGUGAAGACAAGUGGCCGUCACCGCGAUGUUUCUCUGUUGCACCUCGGCCGCGCGGCUCCUUCUUCCGGAGGCGGUGCUGGCUCAGAGGCCAGCCGCACGGGCUCCUCAAACAGCAUGAGCGUGUCUGUGCCAAACCUGUCGCUCACGUUGGGCCACACAAACGAGUCCGUGGCCGGGCUGCUCGAGACGUUUGCGGCCGUGAGGCGCGCCGGCAGCAGCAAUGCGGGAGGCGGUGGAUCCUCGGCGGCCAACGCAGCUGGAGCGCUCCUUCCACCGGCGGUGAGCGCGGCCGUGGCCGGUGGAGGGUCGCUUUUCUCACGGGGCUCCAACAACGUCAGCUCCCUAGUCCGCUUGGCCCUCUCUUCCAACUUCCCAGAGGUGCUUGCCGACUUGCUUGGUGACAUAGCUGUUGGCAAUGAAGCUUCUUCUCAGCUUGGCAAUCACCUGCCUGCGGGCGGGUUCCUGAGCACGGCUCAGAGCUAUCCGAGCCUCACCAGCACAACCACCACGGCAGGUGGCACUGUGGCCGGUGGUGGCGGCGGUGGCCUGACUGUUAGCCUGACCUCGAUGUCGAGCGAGAGCGAGCAGGACUUUUUGGAGACUUGCCGGGCCACGACACUCAUGGCCGACCUGGAGGAUGACGAUGACUUGCCCGACGAUGACGACAAUGAGGACGAUGAUGACAAUGAAGAUGACGACGACUACGAGGAUGUUGUGGAGGAAGAUGGCAUGGAGCUGCGAAGCGGCAAGCGCCGCAGCUGGGACGACGAGUUUGUGCUGAAGCGGCAGUUCUCGGCACUGAUUCCGGCGUUCGACCCCCGGCCGGGCCGCACCAACGUGAACCAGACCUCGGACUUGGAGAUUCCCCCUCCAGGCUCGGACGAAGCCAACGCCGAGGAAGUACGAGAAUCGACGCUCCAGCCUCGAUUGCAGCUCACCCUAAGGGGACCCAACCUGCCUGGGGUUUCAGACCUGGAGGUGGACUUGGUGGACCCCGAGUGGACCAUCUUCCGUGCAGUGCAACACUUGGUGCAGGCGUCAGAGAUGGGCUCUAAGCAGGACAAGAUUCGCCGCAUCUGGGAGCCCAUGUAUAUAAUUGUCUACAAGGCAGCGAAAGAAGAGUCACCAUCAUCAAAGGAGGAGCUUCCACGGCCAGUGCCGGUGGUGCGCCCCGCGUCGAGCUGCAAGAGCAGUUCGCGCGAAAGCGUCCUUUCCGUUUACUGCCCUGGCACGGGUUCUGCCCUGGAAGACGGAAGCUGCACUGUUGACGACGUGCUCCAGCUGCUCCGCCUGCUCAGCACACACCGCAGCCGUGCCAACCACGGAUCCAUCGGCAUUGAAGACAUCCUGAGCACGGUGACCAUGGAAGAUUUCCUCAGUAAGAAGAUCACCAACAAGCUGGUGCAGCAGAUUCAGGAUCCCCUGGUGCUGUCAUCUGGUGCCCAGCCAGACUGGUGCGAGCACUUGACCUACAACUGUCCUAUGCUGUUUCCUUUUGAGACACGCCAGCUGUACUUCUCUUGCACAGCGUUUGGUGCAUCACGGUCGAUAGUGUGGCUUCAAAACCAGCGGGAUGCCAGCGCGGAGCGCCACCGUGGACCCUCUCCACGUCGAGAGGACCCCCAUGAGUUUCGCGUGGGUCGCCUGAAGCAUGAGCGGGUAAAAGUGCCCCGCGGAGACAAACUGCUUGACUGGGCCAUGCAAGUGAUGCGCCUGCACGCUCCACGCAAGACCGUGCUUGAGGUUGAGUUUCAAAAUGAAGAAGGCACAGGCUUGGGCCCCACCCUGGAGUUCUACGCCCUGGUGGCUGAGGAGCUCCAACGACGGGACCUGGGCAUGUGGCUGUGUGAGGACAUACCCACGACCAACGACAAAAAGCCCAUGGCGGCAUCCUCCGACUCGCGCACCACCACUGAGCUGGGCGGCGAGAGCUCCAAGCCACCGGGCUACUACAUCCACACGGCGUACGGCCUGUUCCCGGCGCCCCUGCCCCAGGGCAGCUCCUGCACGGGCCGAGUGUGCGCCUCUUUCCACUUUUUGGGCAUCUUCCUGGCCAAGGCCCUGCAGGACGGCCGCCUGGUCGACCUGCCCCUGUCUCGCCCUUUCCUGCGCCUGCUCUGCCAGGGGCCAUCCAGCUCGCCCCUCUCCCAGUCGGCCACGGGAUUCCCGUCGCACCACGGCGGCCUGCCCAGUGCCGGCCACAUUGCAAGUGCGUCGGUGGCUGCGGGACGCCAGACGGCCACUGCUAGGGAGCAGUCCAUCAAUCAGAUGAACUCGCUGAUGACCCGAGAGGAACAGGGCGGUGGCUGCAUGGCUGAAUCAGUGGCGCCUGCACGAAGGCCGUCUCAACAGCAGCAGCAUCAACAACAGCAGCAGCAGCAACAUGCCUGGUUCAGUGGCAUCCUCACCCACGAGGACUUCAUGGAGGUCAACCCGCACCAGGCUCGUUUCCUUCAGCAGCUGCGCGAGCUGUCGGCGCAGAAGCAGCACAUCCUCGGGGACAACUCCCUGAGCCCAGACGACAAGGCCCGACAGCUGCACAACCUGGCCUUCCCCACUCACGACGGCACGGGUAUGCCGACGCGCGUAGAAGACCUUGGGCUGACCUUCCAGUUCUGCCCGUCAUCCAAGGUGUACGGCUUCGACGCCGUCGAUCUGAAGCCCGGAGGCGAGCAGGACGAGGUGACCCUUGACAACAUUGAGGAGUACACGGAGCUCCUCGCCGAUUUCUGCCUGCACACGGGCAUCCGCCGCCAGAUGGAGGCCUUCCGGGCCGGCUUCUGCAAGGUGUUCCCCAUGGAGAAGCUCGGUGCGUUCAGCUGCGAAGAAGUUCGGCUGAUGCUGUGCGGGGAGCAGAACCCGGUCUGGAGCCGUGAGGAUGUGUUGAACUACACUGAGCCAAAGCUGGGUUACACCAGGGACAGCCCUGGUUUCCAGCGUUUUGUCAACGUCCUGGUCGACAUGACUGGAUCCGAGCGUAAAGCCUUCCUCCAGUUCACCACAGGCUGCUCGUCGCUGCCUCCUGGUGGCCUUGCCAACCUGCACCCGAGGCUGACUGUGGUGCGCAAGGUGGACGCCUCCGACGGCUCCUUCCCGUCGGUCAACACGUGCGCCCAUUACCUCAAACUGCCCGACUACUCUUCCGAGGCCCUGCUUCGAGAGAGGCUUCUCGCCGCCACCCGCGAAAAGGGAUUCCACCUCAACUGAAAUUGUGCGAGUGUGGGCGCGCGUGUGCGAGCCGGAAAAAAAGAAGAAAAAAUGUUUGCAAUCUACCACCUACGAGAGCUUCAGUUCUCUCCUGUUUGUGUCCAGCACCGAGCCUAACGGUGCCUCAUGCCAAGCCCCCUAUGCCAGCGCUUGACAGGUUGCCGGUCUCAUCUCAAGAAACUUAAGUGACAUUUGUCUGGCAUGUGUGCAUCUGCGUGGCCGAGUGGAUGACGUUUCCUCCCUUUGGAAAUUCCUUUGGGCUGAAAAAGAAGCCCCCUUUUUUUUUUUUCUUCAUGUGUGCUUGUGUUAAAUUUCCGAGCGGCCGGCUUCGUCCGGUCUGCAAGGCACCGAAGCAAGACAAGUGCAGACUGUCUGUUGUGUUUGGAACUUGUAUGCAAAUCAUGUACUUUGAUUUCAUCCUCUCCCAAGACUGGAGAAGCUGGAACAAGAACUGUUUUCAUUUCAGCAGUUACCAUCUUUGUAUUAAAAAAAGAAAAAAGAAAACAAAUGAGGGCACGUUGUCACCACGCUUGGUUGAGCAAUCGGUCCAGCUGUUUGUAGGCAUGUGCGGCUUUUCUGGCACGCACAUGAUGCCACGAGAGCUGUUAAAAUAUUUUGUGUACCCUCCAGGGCUCGUGGGAAGCGUCCUCAAAAUUUCGCGAAAUUAAAAAAAAAAAAAAAAAUUGGAGGUAAGGCCAGUUUCAUCAGUUUUUUUUUUUCUCUCUCUCUCUUUCUAUGCUGGUAGUGCAGUACGCAGGUGACCUCGUAAUCUGGCAAAUAAACAUCAUGCCCCGGUUAGAACAGCUGUACCAUUUGUGUCUGUGCCCCUUUGAACACCAGGGCAUUUCUCGUUACAAGAAUUCUGGGCGCCUUUUGGCAUUUGCACACACCAUUGUCUAGCUGAAGACGCGUCUGACCAUGUGAAAUGAGUGUGCAAACUUCUCUCCCUGGCAUGACCUUUGAACUGCACACAGAGUAGGUGGGGCUCUGUUUGUUGCAAAUGUGAACACUCAAGCAUCUUUGCAGCUUUAUAAUAUGUAGCAACAAGAUAAAUUGUUCACUAGAUUUGUGUAAAAGAAAGUGUUUGAAAAAUUUGCGUGUAGUGAGAUUGUACCAAUAAUAAACAACCUGGCCUCUCUCGUACACUCUAGGGUUAGGCAAGUCCGGAGAGCAUUUUUUUUUUUGUACGUGGCAUGUAAAGCUUGAGUGUAGUGUAUACUUCAGGCUUCAACUGCAUUCAUUCUGUGGCACCGUGAAGGUAGCUUCUUUACACGCACUCAAGAAUUCUUGCCCUAUUUCUAAGCUCUCGCAUUGAUAAAAAUUCAGCGUCAUUUGUCCUCUUUUACCGCUUGCUGGAUUUCGGUAGAACCUGGGAAUGGUCAUUCAUCGAAGCUGUACUUUAUCGAAAUCAAGGAUCACUCCUGCCUCGGUUUUUCGUUUUUGUGCCUAUGUCUUGUUUUUUUCGCACUUCAAAGCUUGUGUUUUACUGUGCUGAUCUGUUCCAAUCAUAGAUGAAGUCAAUGCAACACCUCCACUGGACUAGCUUUCUGGAAGAGCCUGCCAGUAGCACUGAUGAGUGUGCUGGCACGUACAUUUUUCCUAUAAAGACCACAAGUAUUGCAACUUCAAACGAGUCAUGGUCUAGUGUAGACGCGCACUAGGUAAAGAAUAUUUAACGUAAUGAAGCGUUAAACUGACGUCGAUGCAUAACAGCGCUUUGUUGCAUGGCUUUCUGUCCAAGAUUUCAUCAACACACGCUAUGGUGGACCUUUUGCUUCCAGCUCCACUUUCAAUAAGGAAAGUGUUGAGUGCUUCAAACUACACAAGUCGUUUCUGUGUAAUUGAAGUUGCCGGCGAACACCAAUAAGUGAACUGGCUUAUGUAGGCCGAGUUUCUUUUUGUGUACCAAACCUCGCACCUGUUCCUCCCCUUCACUGGGUUGUGGAACUACCAUUAUCGGUCUACGACAGCCUCUAGUGAAGACAACACAGUGCAUUUCAACUGGACUGUCGCAGGAAGGGUUUUCUUUUCCAGAUGCUUGGGAAUGACCAGUUUGUGAGUGACCAUUUCUGUGCUCAAUUAUAAAUGUGCACCAUUUCCCUCUCCUCUGUGUGGUGCGUGUGAAGUCUCUCUGCAAGGUUGUUUGUGGCAGUUGACUGUCUGUUGAUAAACUUCUGCUAUUGUAAUCAUUUUAGUUGGAGUUUGUGUGAGUAAUUUAUGUAUUGCAUAGGCACUGGCAUCGCUUUUUCUUUUUUUGUGUGUGUGUGAACACUUUGGCAAGCCUCCGACUUCAAAGACACCUUGUUUUUUUUGUAACACUUGCACUUAGCUGCAGGCAGUGGAUGUGUUCUGCACCUACCCGAUGUAUUGGCACUCAGUGUAGCCUUUUCCCAUUGAUACAAGCUUUUGGUGCUGUUGCACAGGUUGUCUUUUGUUUCUUUAUUAGUGGAAGUGUAUCUGUGCUGUGUGUGCAUUGCCAGCUGGAACUAUGUCUAAUGUAAGCCAAUGACAGAGAAUUGCGUCCUUUCACAUGUUUGGGUAAAACAUACAAGAAAAUUUUUGAACACUCUUUAUUGCUUUGGGAUAACAGUUGAUAAUUUUCUUUGUGAACUGCCACGACUUGACCGCAGCUUUUAAAGCUCAGCUGAUUCAUCUUUGGUUUUUCUCACCACCCCCCAAUCUCUUGUGUGAAUUGUGCUGCGGUGAGUGUGCCGAGCAGUCUUUGUUCAACCCACAACUAACUUAACGCAUGUUCGCAUUGCCCAGCCUCAAGUUAAUGCCUUCCAUACCUUCGUGUGGUGCAACUGUCUCGCGGAAGUAGUUGCCAAGUGCCUCUGAAGGUGUGUUCACUGAAAAGACGUAUAUUUUGGUGUGGUCACCUUCUGCGAAUUUGUGAGGGACAAGUGGAGAGUGAGGAACAAAAUUGGCAGGAUUCAAUCUGUCGUGCUGUUCAUUUUGCAACCCAUCUAGUAUAUUUUACGCUCUUUAACAUGGUGUUUGGGCUGAUGAGUAAGACCUAAGUUGUGAACAGUAAGGUUUGAGGUGAAAAAGCAAAAAAAAAAAAUGCAGCAUCAUAGUUUAACUAGCUUUGUGUACAUACAGAAGUCUAUUGUAUGGCCUGACAGCUUAUGCUACAUAUAGAGAUAUAUCAUGAGAGCCUAUAAAUAUACAUAUAUAUAUAAAUAUACAUAUAUAUAUAUAGAUAAAAGGAUAUAAGCUUUCAGCACUGAUUGAUAAAAGCAAGACUUUCCUAUGGCCUUCAGUUUCUUGCAAACCUUCACGUCAAUGUUUCCUGCCUUAUUUUAUAGUCAGUUUUUGCUGUGGGUUUGCGCUUCUCUUUUAUUGCUCUUUUUUUUUCUGUCUUUGUGUGUGUGCACUUGGUGUUGAUUUCAUUGUGGCCAUUUUCGUGCUUGCAACCAUUGUGGUUUGCGCAUUUUAUCUCGGUGUGUGCAUGCAUGUGUGUGUGUUAAUGUGCGAGAAAAAAGUUCUGCUGGACAAGCCCGAAAGAAAGCCGGCGUUGGCGCUGCGUCCGGAAGUGUGUACAAUUCUUUAAUUUAUGAUAGCGAACUCGGCCAGCACUGGUUGGGCUUCUGAACUCUACUGGUUUGAAGAGAACGCGGAGAGAAAAAAAAAACGCGAUCUGUGAUGUACUGCUACUUGCUGCUGCUGUGGAAGAAAAUAAAGAACUAUUGUCAUGAGUUUGUUGGAGGAAAGUA